UACCAAAAGUGCCACACCCCAGUCCAUACAGAGCCCUGCCCCACCACUGAGAAGCAAUGAGGUUUCUGCUGUUGCUGCUGCCGUUGACUGGCUGGGGCCCCCUAGGGAGCCUUGGAGAGGGAAUCCCCCAAGAAACCAUCACAGCCACAUCCCCUCAUUUUGAUGAAGAAGAAAAAUAUUCGACCCACAUGCCCCAACAUCUGCGCUGUGAUGCCUGCCAGAUCAUUUCUUACCAGAUGUGGAAGCAUCUGACUGAAAUGGAGACCAAGCGGCUGAGCCAUAAGGCCAAGGGGGAUUCUCUGAGUGAGUCUGAAUACACCGAUGUCCUGGAGAAAAGCUGUUCUCAGAGUUGGAAGAAGUGAGCUGCCUUUCAUCCAUCUCAAGCCACGCAUUCCCUAUGUCUCUCAGAGUCCUCGGACCUCUCCAGGAGCAAGGGGGAAGAAAGAGAAGAAAUGACCACCAGGGGAUUGGGUUGAGAUGCUAG